AUGGUGUGGCACCCAGCAGCGGUUCCUAAACAUGCCAUAAACUCUUGGCUCUUCAUGUUAAAUCGCAAUCCUACAAUGGACAGACUAUUAUCGUGGGAACUAGAUGUUGAAGGGAUUUGUUUGCUAUGUGGAACUCAUCAAGAAUCAAGGAAUCAUUUGUUUUUUGAAUGUGCUUUCUCGGCGGAGGUUUGGAGAGCGGCUUUGCUUCGCUUGCGCGUUUAUAAUGCUCCUACAAGUUGGGAAAGUGUUAUUGAUUGGCUGUCGGCUUUCUCUGGGGAUAGACAGCACAAACUGGUUGUAUUGCAGAUAUGGCAAGGAUGUCUGUAUGAAAUUUGGAAGGAGCGGAAUUCUCGGUUUCAUUUAGGAACUACUGUCCCCACUUCCAAAAUAUGUGGUGGAGUCAUUCGUAUUGCAAGGUCCAAGGCUGUUGCUUUAAAGAAUUCUGGAAGGAAGUUGGGAACUGAUCUCGUCUCUUUCUGGUCUGUGGCUUAA